AUGCUUAACAGAAUUAAGCAAGGUUUAGAUGAAGGACAGUCAUGCGAGCAAACAGGGUUACGAAAGUUAUUCACCACGACUAACCACAUUUACACUGUUUCGGAACUCAUCAAGGUAUUGCGAGAGUACAAAAUACCGCUACGUCCUACCUUUGUCGACUUCAAGAAGGCCUUCGAAUCAAAUACUUCGAGAGUGUGUCGUUACUUCUUAACGAGGAUUUCACAAGAAUUCUACAAUAAUAUCAUCAUUGACGUGAAGAAAGAGGUCCGACAGGAUGAUACAUUCUCACCUAAAAUAUUCAAGGCUACCCUCGAGAGCGCAAUGCGAAAGCUGGAAUGGGACGACGAUGAUUCGAUGCGAUGUUCACGCGUAACGAAUGGACCUCAUUCACGCUCAGAAGCUUCAGCUGAACGAACAUAUCCGAAUGCAUAG